CCCCUGCCGUUGGCGCAGGAGCCCUUUCGCGGCGGAGGGACGCGAAGCGCGUCCCGUGGUGGUGCGACAGGGGGCGCCGCAGUGCCGCCCGCUGGGGGCCGAGGCAUCUCCUUCCUGAGGGCCCCCGGGAGGGCUGAGCCCUUCCUGCGAGAGGCCGCGUCCCGAACCGGGCGCCUCUGCCCCUGCUGGCCGCUUCGCUCCGUGUCCCGGGGCCUCCGUGACGCGGUCCGCAGGUGCUCUCCGCCGUGGGAUGCGUUGCGAGGCUGGGCCCGGGGGGCGUUGCCUCCCAGCUUCCCGGAAUUUCGUCUGGGCAGGCUCGUUGCCGUUUACAGCUGGCUGUUUGGGGGCCAUGCUCCGCCCCUAGGACUGCCGUCUUCUUCCCUUGUGGAGUUGGUGCCCGUCUUCCCACGUGUCUGCCCUUCUGCUCUCCUGGCUCCUGUGGGGAAAAGUUGGAUAGACAAAAGGAUACCUAACUGCAAGAUCUUUUUUAACAAUUCCUUUGCUCUGGACUCAACGUGGGUACAACCUGAAGAGUCAAGAUUGUUCCACGGGCGUGAAAAGCCCCCUUUGCUGGCAAAUCAAGUAGCCGUGUCUCUGUCCAGGCCAGCUCCUGCCUCCAGACCUCUUCCCACAGUGGUGUUAGCGCCUCAGCCUAUACCAGGUGGUUGCCAUCACAGCCUUAAGCCGAUCAGCAGCGGCCCCACCAUCGCCAUUGCCACGGCCGCUGCCGCGGCAGCCGCCGCCAUGGUCUCUGUGGAUCCCGAGGGCCUCCGGGGCCCGUCGCCCUCCAGUGUGCAGCCGUGCCACUUCCUGACGUUGGCACCCAUCAAAAUACCCCUCCGGGCGGCCCGCUUCUCAGCUGUUCUCAGCGGUACACCAGGAGGGGAGACGGCCCCUGGUCCUGGGGGUGUGAUGCGGCUGGGCCCCAGCGCUUGCCCCUCUGUGAUGGAACGCAAAAAUCCUUGA